CAGAUGAAACCAAAACAGAAACUAAAAACCAAACAAAAAUAACUAUCCUUCGAGGGGUAUAAAAAGGAGUGUCAGACUUAACCUUGACACUUAUUUGGGACUUCAUCGAAUUCUUGACACAUCUUAUCACUGGAAGACUUGAGAUGGCUUCGAGCUACCACAAGCUGAAGGAAGGAUGAACUGCCUGUCACUAUAAUACCUCCAUCUAAAAAGGCCCUGUUCACACCUGUUGUUUACACCUGAUUUUUGUGAUACAAUCACCAUGAUCAGAUUACUGUCCAACUAUGAUCCAGGGAGUCCACACCAGGGUUUGCGUCAGUUCUGAAUUGAACUGAGGAUACAUUUUGAAUUCCAAUUCACAUCUUGAGUUUGAAUUAUAAAUUGUCUGUACUGUAAAAUGUGACAGUUACCCAAUCUACUAACCUAUGUGCCUUUACUCUGUGAAUGGUCGGUCAAAGUCUGUCUACUAUUUAGUGUUGUUAGGACAUUCAGUCCUCUUUUACCUAUCAUAAGGUUCAAAGUGAACUUGUUGUAUGAUAGGACCAAAUAGGCCUCCCGGGUGGCGCAGUGCCAUCAGAGACUCUGGGUUCGCGUCCAGGCUCUGUCGUAACCGGCCGCGACCGGGAGGUCCAUAUAGAUAUAUAUAUUUUAAGUGACAUGGUUUUAGAAUAUGUCUCUUGUUGCAUUGGGACCAGAUUUCCUGGUGCCAGCCUGUAUGCAAAUUUGUUGAAAGAUAUUUUUUAUUUCAAAAUAAUAUUUUCUAGUUUACACCAACUAUUGAUGCCAUAAGUCAAUGGUGCUACCUGUCAAUUAUUUUAGAAGCCGGUAUAAUUAUGAUUUGAAUUGUUUGACCAUCCAGAUCUGUUUACACUUGGUUGAUAUACAGAUGCAAUUGGUCCCUGAUUACCUCCGGAAGUGGUCUGUAAGAUCAGAUCACAAUCAUAUCACAAUGCGUCUUUAAUUUUCUACCCUGUAAAAAAAAAUGUGGGAACAAUUAUAAAGUGGACAAGAUGAAGACAAAGGAUGCAUGUGAGCACUGGGUAUAAACGAGGCUAGUGAAUAAGAAAAUCAAAUGUAUUAUUUUUAUAUUGUGUGUGUGUGUGUGUGUGUGUGUGUGUGUGUGUGUGUGUGUGUGUGUGUGUGUGUGUGUGUGUUUUUAUUUGUUUGUUUAGAGUAUUUAUUUUGUAUUUCAGUUGUUACAAACUGAAGAAUAAUUUGAGGAGAAAGGCAUGGGGUUGUUUAAAUCCAAACCUAGCCCUCCACCUCCACCUCCAUCACCAGCUUUUAGCAAUGAAUGAAGACGCACACCUUGGGGUCAGAAAGAGGAAAUGCUGCAGAAACUGAAAGACUAUGUGCCUGGAAACCCUCAGGUGAAGACUAUCAGAAUCCUCCUCCAUGGACCAGCUGGAGCGGGCAAGUCCAGCUUCAUCAACUCCAUCAACAAUAUCUUUCAGGACAAAUGUAUGAACAUUGCCUUAGCUGAUAAUUCCUUUGCAGGUGCAAGCUUCACAAAAAAGUAUGAAACCCACAAAAUUGUGAAAGAAAAACCUGGAACCUACUACCCCUUCCUCUUCUAUGAUGUCAUGGGGCUGGAGAAUGGUAUUGACAAAGGAGUUGAUGAGGCGGACAUUGUCAAGGCCCUGAAAGGGCAUGUAAAAGAGGGUUACAUGUUUAAUCCUGCAUCACCUUUAGAAGAGGAGAAUGAGUACUAUGUCAAGGCCCCCACUCCAUCUGACACAGUUCACUGCCUAGUUAGUGCAAUACCAGCUGAUAAACUACCUAUGAUGAAUGCCAACAAGAAUGACGAGACGAAUGAUAUCUUCAAGAAGAUGAGAACCAUCAGACUAGCUGCAAGUUACAUGGGGAUUCCCCAAAUGGUUAUUCUCACCAAAGUGGAUUCAGCCUGUCCAUUGGUGAGGGAAGACCUGAAAAAGGUCUAUUGGAGCAAGUAUAUAAAGAAGAAGGUUCCGGGUUGCCAAGAUAAGCACUCCUGGACCAGAGGCCCUGGCCUACAGUAUGAAAUAAAUGAUAGAGCAGUGUAGUAAUGAACUGGGGGUACCAGUGAACUGUAUCCUGCCUGUGAAGAACUACCACGAGGAAAUCGACUUGGAUGAUGACAUGGAUGUGCUGCUAUUGAGAGCACUGAGGCAGAUGGUGGACUUUGCAGAGGGCUUCAAGCUAUCACAAGCUGACUGAUGGAUGUACAGUUCUCGAUCUACAGCGUGUCACUGUAUAAUACCUCCAUCUAAAGAAGCCCUGUUCACACCUGGUAUUUACACCUGACUUUUGUGAUCCAAUCCCCAUGAUCAGAUUACUCUCCAACUAUGGUCCAGUGCGUCCACAAAAGGGUUGGCAUCAUUUCUGAUUUCUAACUGAAAAUACAUUUAGAAUUUCAUUCAAAUCUUGAGUUUGAAUUAUAAUUGUCUGUACUGUAUAAUCAACUGCUUCCCAAUUUGCUUAUCUAUGUCCCUCUACUCUGGGAAUGGUCUGUCAAAGUCUGUUAGUGUUGGUAGGACAUUCAUUAAACCAUAGUUUCAGUCCUCCUUUACCUAUUGUCACGUUCUGACCUUUAUUUCCUUUGUUUUGUCAUUAUUUAG